AUGACAACUUUAUUAUGGAAGAAAGCCGUGAAAUUAGUCAACAAACGGGACAUUCCCAACAUCAGGAAUCUGCUUUACGAAGACCCAAGCUUUGUCAACUUCCAGGACCCUAAUGGUGAUUCCCUGCUUCAUUAUGGUGCAAGACAAGGUGAUUUGGCCAUGAUAAAGCUAUUGGUGGAGGAAUUCAAGUCGCAAGUGUCGACAGAGAACAAGUUUGCCAGAAGCCCCAUAUAUGAAGCAAUGCAAUCGCAUGAAUGUGUAUCCUUCUUGCUUGACCACGGUGUUGAUCCAAACCAAUUCAAGCACGGCACAUGGACUCCAUUAAUGUAUGCCAGCUUGAAGAACUGUAACAAAUCAGCCAAACUACUCUUAUCACACGGCGCAAACCCAGAUAUUCAAAACAAGGAUGACCUAUCAGCUCUCCAUCUUGCUUGUCGAGAUGCAGAACUAGAUAUGGUUGACUUGUUACUAGAAGCUUCGCCAUCACUAGUCCAUUUACGAUCUCGUGCUGGACGGCUGCCAAUGCACAUAGCAUGUGCAAGAGGAUCUUAUGAUAUUGCUAUAGCUCUAAUAGACGCAGCACCAGAUACGAUAGAUGCCAUUGAUGCAGGUGGUAGUACGCCACUUCAUGAAGCUUGUGGAUCGGGAAAUGAGGAGCUUGUACGCGAACUCAUUCAUCGUGGUGCUAGUAUACUUGCGCAAGAUAUGAAUGGACGGACUCCUGCUCAUGUAGCUGCCAUUCAGGGGCAUGGUGGAGUGUUGAAAGUGUUGUUGAGUGGCGGUGACAACAACAGUGCUGAUCCGAGUGCUGUGCGGGUGAAGGAUAACAACGGAUGGACACCGUUAUUCUGUGCAGUACAGAAUGGACAUCGUGAAGCAGUGGAAGUACUUUUGGAGAGUGGUGUUGAUACUAUGGGUGUUGUUGAUAAGCAGGAUCGGUCCGUGAUGGAUCUAGCUAUAAUGUGGAAGAGGGAUGAGCUGGUUGAGCUGCUCACGAGAAGAAGGGAUCCACCGGUAGUUUGUACAGCUGCUGAAGCCGUUGCCCAUAUACCGUCUUACACUCGAAUUUACGUGCACUCCGUUGCUGCCUGUCCUGGAACAUUGCUUUCUGCUCUCGCUGAACGACACAAUGAGCUCCACAAUGUCGAAUUCAUCCACCUUCAUAUCGACAAGCCAAAUCCAUGCUCAAAUCCAUUAUGGGAAGAAGCCUUCUUCACAAACAAUUUCUUUGUUGGUGCAAAUCAACGAAAAGCUGUCGAAGAAGGAUACUCGUCAUACAUUCCCGUGUUUCUUUCAGAAGUACCUCAUUUAAUGAGACGUAAUAUCGUGCGCCCUGACUGGGCACUGCUGAAUCUAAGUGCUCCUGAUAAGCAUGGGUAUUGUUCUAUGGGUGUUGAGGUCUGUGCAGCACUCCCAGCAGCCCAAACAGCGACCAAGAUAAUCGGCCAAAUCAACAAAAACAUGCCACGAACACACGGACAAUCAUUCAUACAUGUAAACGCUCUGGACUAUAUCGUUGAAAACGUGGACGAACCGUUACCUGAAGCAAUAGUCAAACCACCUACCAAAGUCGAACAACAGAUUGGGAAGCACAUUGCAGGCCUGGUUGAAGACGGCGCAUGUUUGCAGAUGGGUAUAGGUGGGAUUCCGAAUGCUGUGCUAGGCGAGCUUGGGUCGCAUAAGGAUUUGGGAAUUCAUACAGAAAUGUUCAUGGACGGCAUCAUCCCUCUCGUUGAGAAGGGAGUGAUUACAAACAAUAAGAAACAUUUCUAUCCUGGUAAAAUCGUCACGUCUUUUGUCAUGGGUACAAGAAAACUAUACGACUUUGUCGAUGACAACCCAUCCAUUGCAUUCAUGGAUGCAUCUGUAACAAACAACCCAGUAACUAUUGGAAGCAAUGAUAAAGUUACUGCUAUCAAUAGUGCUAUUGAAGUGGAUUUAACUGGUCAAGUUUGUGCUGACUCUGUUGGUACCAGACAUAUAUCUGGUGUUGGUGGUCAGGUCGACUUCGAAAGAGGAGCGGCCAUCUCACGACGAGGUCUACCAAUAAUCUGUCUACCAUCAACAACUAAAACCGGCGAAUCCCGUAUUGUGUCCAUGUUGAGGCCGGGUAGUGGAGUUACUACCACUAGAACACAUGUCCAUUACGUCGUAACAGAAUACGGUGUGGCAUACCUCGUAGGCAAAAAUCUGCACGAACGAGCUAAGGCACUGAUAGAUGUCAGUCACCCAGCACAUCGAUUCACGCUUGAGAGAGAAGCGUUCGAGAGAUAUAACUUGAAGACUUGGAUUUAA